UUGCGAGGUAUAUAAAGCCCCGUUCGCGUGGAUUCAAUUCAGUUCCAGCUAACAACCCCCUCGAGAUCAAUUUACUCGAAUCUCUUCUCGGACUUGGUCAAUCUCAAGCAUCCACAAUGAAAGCCACCGUCGCCGCUCUUCUCUUCGGUCUCGUCGCCAUUUCUGCAGCCGACUAUGCCGGCCGUCUUCGCCAAGCCCCAGUCAAGUCGUACGGUCAGCCAGCCCCAGUGGUGGAGGAAGCACCCGUCGAGGAGGAGCCUCACGUGUACAAGGCCGCAGUGAAGACCCCCGUGCACAAGACCCCCAUCCGCGUGGCCACCGACUACAACAGUGGAUACAAAUACGAUGAUGAGAGACACCGAAUUGAGGACGACCAAGCCAAGAACGCCAAGUACAGCUUUGGAUCAGCUAUUGAUGACGGCAUCAUGGACCACUCCCACAUCCGACAAGAAACUCGAGAUGGUCUCAAGGUCGAAGGCUCCUAUGCAUAUUCUGACGGGUACUUCAAGCGAGUUGUCAACUAUGUUGCUGACGAAAAUGGUUAUCGCGUGGUCUCCGAGUCUGCUGAGCCAAUCAGCGAAAGUGGUCCUAAUGUCGACUUGGUUAAUGGAAAGGCUGAUAUUCAUACCCAGAUUGAUGGUGUUGAUAACCAAUACAGCGUCUCUGCAGCUGAAAUCUUGAAGCCGAUGAAGGAUCUCAGCAAGCAUUAAAUUUUUUGUGCCAGUACUACAAAUUACAUUUAUGAUAGUCAAAGCGUUUAUUUUUUUGGAAAAUCGAAAAUAAUAUUUUUGUAAUAAGUUGUAAUAACAUAAUAAUGUCAAAAAGUAAAUAAAUAAAUUGGCACACGGUAAUAGUACUCAGAA